UGAAGUUUCUAAAACAAAGGCAAAAUGGAAAUAGAUGUUACACUACAUGGACACAAAGAAAGGAAAAGAAAGACAAACAAAGAGCAAGCAUGAGACCAGAGAUAACAAGAAAACUCACCUGCAAGGGUCUAUUUCUGAAGCAUCAUCUGAAGUCCUGAGAAUAAAUCAUCAUGGCCACCAACGUAACAUCUCAGAAUACCUACCUUGAUGAAUUUUGCUCCAAAGAUUACUUACAGACAUCCUAUGGGGCAGAAGAUGGAAUCCUUUUUGGAGAAUGGACAGAUUUUGUAUUACAAAAUCUGCAUGAAACUUUCACUAGAGGUGGAGUUAGAGGGGAUACACUGCUCGAUGUUGGCACCGGAGCCUCCAUUUAUCACCUUCUCUCUGCUUGUGAAGUGUUUGAUAAAAUCAUUGUCUCCGAUUUGGUUGAUCAAAACCGUGAGGAAUUCCAAAAAUGGCUGAAGAAAGAUCCAGACGCUUUUGACUGGACCCACCUUAUCAAACGUGCAUGUGAGCUGGAAGGAAAUAGGGAGGAUUGUGAGAGAAAAGCAGAGAAGCUCCGCAGUAAGGUGAAAGACGUCCUGAAAUGUGAUAUUGUGAAAAGAAACCCUUUUGAUCCUGUGGUUGUACCACCAGCAGAUUGUCUCCUGUGCUGCUUAUGUAUUGAAGCUGCUUCUAAAGACACGAAAACCUAUUGUAAUAUUCUGAACAAUUUCAAGGACUUGAUAAAACCUGGAGGUCACCUGUUACUGAUGAAUACAAUGGAAAGUACUUUUUAUCAUGCUGGUAAAAAGCGUUUUGGUGUAAUGACCUCAAACAAGGAAUUCCUGGAGAAGGCUUUUAAAGAAGCUGGUUACCUGGUUGAGAAAGCUGUGUAUGCACCCCGUAUUGAUAAAUCGAUGAUGCAUAUUUCUGAUUUUAAUGGUUGCUAUUUUUUUCAUGCCCGUAAACCACAGUGAAGCCAAAUUCAUCAAUGAUAAUUUUUUAAAAAUAUUGGUAUAUAAUGUAAUACAAAAUAUUGCUAAAUAAGUGAUUUGGGGUAGGGUAAAAUGGAUACUGUCACAAUCAAAAAAACCUUUUAUAUGUUGUACAUUUUGGCAACACACUAAAAAGGCAUGUUUAAGGGGUAUUUCAGCCUUAGACAUCUUAUCCUCUAUCCAAAGGAUAGGGGAUAAGAUGUCUGAUUGCAGGGGGGUACCGCCACUGCCACACCCCCUACCAAAGACAUGAAUGGAGGUGGCUUGGCGUGAUGUCACAUAUCCGUCUCUGGAGCAGUGCCUGGCAAUUAAGACAUUUUAUCCCCUAUCCUUUGAAUGGGAGAUAAGAUGACUAAGGCCUUAAUACCCCUUUAAAGGGGUACUCCA